CUCCAUCUUGUACUUGCGUAUGUGUAAACGAAAGAAAUUUGAUUUUUAUUGUGAUUGUGAUUCAGAAGAUAUUUUUCUCUUAAUAUGUUUUCUAGAAAUAUAACACGAUUAUUGUUUAUACAGAAAUAUCUUCUUAAGCGCAAUGCACGUCAUUUUUCAAGAAUUUUAGAUAUCAUUUUGGAGAAACCCGUGGGAAAAAGUACAAAAGUACAGGGAUGGGUGUAUGCAAUCAGGAAAAUGAAAAAUAAUAUUUUUUUUGAUGUUAAUGAUGGAUCAACCAAUGAAAUGCUCCAGGUUGUUAUACCUAAAUCUUCUAAACCAGUUAAUUUAACUUAUGGAAGUAGUAUUAAUGCAGAAGGUAUAGUGACUUUAGCACCUAAUGGUAGAUUGGAAUUACAAGUAAAUGAGACACAUGUUAUUGGUACAUGUGAUGUUACCAAAGGAUAUCCAUUACAACCAAAAAAACCUUAUGAUGCAGAAUAUUUAAGACAAUAUUUACAUUUAAGGCCAAGAGCACAGAAGUUCAGUAGUUUAUUACGGUUACGUGACAUAGCUACUGCAAAUAUUAAUAAUCAUUUUAGAAGUAGAAAUUUCAUACAUAUUCAUACACCAAUAAUAACUUCCAAUGAUUGUGAAGGUGCAGGUGAAGUUUUUAUUGUAAGACCUGAUUCCAAAGAAGUUCUUGAGAGUAUGAAGAAAGAUGGUAUGUCAUUAGAUGAAAUUUAUUUUAAUUCUAAAGCAUAUUUAACUGUGUCUGGACAAUUACAGUUAGAAGUUCUUGCAAGGACUCUUUCCAAGGUAUAUACUUUUGGACCUACAUUUAGAGCUGAAAAUUCAAAGUCAAGAUUGCAUUUAUCAGAAUUUUAUAUGGUAGAAGCUGAAAAAGCAUUUGUUUCAAAUAUUGAAGAAAUAGCAGAAGAAAUUGAACUUUUAGUGAAAACUGUAACUAAAGAUAUGCUUGAUCAUAAUUCCCUUGAUUUCCAUCAUAUUGGUGCUACUGAACCACAGUGGUUAAAUAGCAAAUUUGGAUACAUGACUUAUAAUGAAGCAGUAAAUAUUUUGAAUGAUCAUGCAGUUCAAUUACAGCAUCCUAUCAAAUAUGGAGAUGUGUUGACCAAAGAACAUGAACUUUUUUUAGUAAAAUAUAAUAAUAGUGUUCCUCUUUUUGUUAUAAACUGGCCAAAAGAGGGUAAACCUUUUUAUAUGAAAGAGUGUUCAAAUGAUUCUUCUAAGGUUGCAGGACUGGAUCUUUUAGUACCAAUUGUUGGAGAAUUAGUUGGAGGAAGCAUUCGCGAAGAUAAUUAUGAAAAGUUGAAGUUAAAAUUACCUUCUAAUCAUAAUUUAUCAUGGUAUUUAGAAUUACGUAAAUACGGCAAUGUAUCUACUGGUGGUUUUGGGAUGGGUUUUGAAAGAUUUUUGCAAUGUGUCUUGGGAAUAACAAAUAUUAAGGAUACAAUUCCUUUUCCAAGAUGGCCACAUAAUUGCAAUUUAUGAAUAAAAGUUACAGGAUUGUU